CUGUUUUUGCCCCGCAGCAACAACGUGGAUUGAGUGGAGCUCGCCGGUGUGUAGUAACAGUGUAAUGUGUGACCAGAGUCCUGUUCGCCUUCUACAAUGCAGAUAUCUAGCGUGAAUGAUGUGAAGAUUUACAACUUAAGUCAUGGGAAGUCUCUACCAGAGUGGCUGUCAGAUCGGAAGAAGAGACAGUUGCAAAAGAAAGAUGUUGACAUCCAGCGCAGGAUUGAGCUCAUCCAGGACUUCGAGAUGCCCACAGUGUGCACCUCUAUCAAAGUGUCAAGGGAUGGUCAGUUCAUCCUGGCAGCAGGCACUUACAAACCCAGGAUUCGCUGCUAUGACACCUACCAGCUGUCCCUGAAGUUUGAGCGCUGUCUGGAUUCAGAUGUUGUGGCUUUUGACAUCCUGUCUGAUGACUACUCUAAGUUGGUGUUUUUGCACUCUGACCGCUACGUGGAGUUCCACUCCCAGCACGGACACUACUACAAGACACGCAUUCCAAAGUUUGGACGGGGCUUUUCUUACCAUUACCCCUCCUGUGACCUGUAUUUUGUAGGCUCAAGUUCAGAGGUGUUCAGGCUGAAUCUGGAACAAGGACGCUUCCUCAACUCACUCCAAACUGAUGCUGUAGAGAACAAUGUGUGUGACAUCAAUCCCGUCCAUCAUUUGUUUGCCACAGGAACUUCUGAGGGAAGGGUCGAAUGCUGGGACCCUCGUGUCCGGAACCGAGUGGGCAUGCUGGACUGCGCCCUGAGCAGCCUUACUGAAGGAACAGAAGUUCAAGGUUUGCCCUCAAUUAGUGCGCUGAAGUUUAAUGGCUCCCUCACCAUGGCAGUAGGCACCAGCACAGGACAGGUGCUGCUCUAUGACCUGCGCUCCAGCCAGCCACUGCUGGUUAAAGACCACUUCUACAACCUGCCAAUCAAGUCACUCAACUUCCACGAUCAACUGGACCUGGUUGUGUCUGCCGACUCCAAGAUUAUAAAAAUCUGGAACAAAGACACUGGGAAGGUGUUCUCCUCUAUACAGCCUCAGACCAACAUCAAUGAUAUUUGCAUCUAUCCAAAUUCAGGUAUGCUCUUCACUGCCAAUGAAGAUCCCAAGAUGAACACGUUCUACAUCCCGGCUCUGGGCCCUGCACCCCGGUGGUGCUCCUUCCUGGACAACCUAACAGAGGAGCUGGAAGAGAGCCCGGAGAGCACGGUGUACGAUGACUACAAGUUUGUCACCCGGAAGGACCUGGAAAAUCUGGGUUUGUCUCACCUGGUGGGGUCAUCUCUCCUGAGAGCCUACAUGCACGGCUACUUCAUGGACAUCAGGCUUUAUCACAAGGUCAAAACCAUGGCAAAUCCUUUUGCUUACGAGGAGUAUCGCAAGGAUAAGAUCCGGCAGAAGAUUGAGGAGUCCAGGACCCAAAGGGUGCAGGUUAAGAAACUGCCUAAGGUGAACAAGGAACUGGCUCUCAAGCUGAUGGAGGAGGGUGAUGACGAAGCAGAGCUGGCUUCUAGGAAAAAGAAGGGCAAGGCUCUCCCCAGCAUCCUGGGAGACGACCGCUUUAAGGUCAUGUUCGAAAACCCAGAAUACCAGGUGGACGAGCAGAGCGAGGAGUAUCGCCUCCUCAACCCCAUUGUCUCCAAGGUCGGACAAAAGAGGAAGAAGAAGUUGCGUCUACUGGCUCAGCAGGCCGCUGCUUCUCAACAGGUGGCUGAAGACGAGGAAGAACCCGAGGGGCGAGCCAGCUCCGAGGAGGAGAGCUCGGACGACGACAAGAGUUGGGUGGAGGAGGUGAGGGAGCAGCGGAGGCUGCUGUGGCAGGAGGGCCGAGACCGCCGGAAACAUGACAGGAAGGAAGCAGACCGCAACACCAUCCUGCUGGAGAAGGAACACAACGGAGAAGAGAGAACCUCAAACAGCAAGAAGACAAGUCAGCCUCAGUUUUAUCAGAUCAAGGCCGGGGAGGAGUUCAGAAGUUUUAACGACAUGGCCCGCAAGCAGAGACUGCAGAAGGCUUCUUUGGAGGACCGUCUGAAGCUAGAGGAGCACUCUGGAACCAGCAACAUGGCCGACACUGCAGUGGGCAGCAAACAGCUGACCUUCACUCUCAAAAAGUCGGAGCAGCAGAAGAAGCAGCAGCAGGCCGAGUGGGAACACCACGAGGAGAGGAAGAAGCUGAGGCGCUCGGCCGGACACCUGAGCAGCAGCCGCGGGAGAGGCUGGGGCCGCGGCAGGGGCAGGGGCGGAGGAGGAGGAGGAGGGAGAGGA